AUGUCUUUCAUGUCUUUGAUCAACUUCAUCUUGUUCGUCAUUUACAACCUAUUCUACUCCUUGUUCCUUUCCGUCAAGCUCCCCGUUGUCGGCGUUGUAGCCGUGUUGCGGUUGAUCAUUGAGGUACACUCUGACCUCAACAUCUUCAUCCACCACUACAUUUACACAAUCUUCCGCAACGCCCUCUUCUCCCAGCCAUACGAGGCCCACGAGAUGCUUAGUGAAAACUAUGGCAGAAAUCUCACGGUGCUCUCUCUCCUCUUCCUUCUCCUCUCCUAUCGCGUCUUCCUUUGGGCCAUCUCACAGCAGUGGACCCAGGAAAAGGUUGACGUCGGUAUCAUUGCUGGUCAUAGCAGUGUCUCGCCUGCUGGUCAUAGCAGUCUCUCUCCUGAAGUAGCCGACACCCCUACUUAUACCAUCCCGACCUUCGAGCACUUCACCGGCACGGGCGACUCCUUCCUCCCACACCUCCAAUCCGAUCCAAAUGUGGACUGGACGACAUACAAGUUCCACAAGGACACAUUCCUGAACGAAGAGGUCGAAGCCCAGUACGGCUUCUCACGCAAGUGGGACAAGUACAAGGGCAACCACUGGGUGUACAAGGCACCCACGGCCGACCAAAGGCCCUCGAUAGAGGCGCCGGUCGAGCCUCAGCCCGUUGUCCAGGCAGCACAGCAGCAUCACGAAGCUGUUCAGGUCGCGGCUCCGCCCCCCCUCCUCGCUCUCCCGCCUCCUCCUCCCGCCCUCCUCACUCCUCCUCCUCCCGCCCUCCUCACUCCUCCUCCUCCUGUCGCCCUCCUUGCGCCGCCGGUUGCGCUUGCUCCGAGCGUCGAGGCAUACCAGCCUCCUCCUCCUCCCCCCUCCUUCGAGAUGGUCUGCGCCGCCAUGGCUCGCGAGACGGAUGGGCUGAAAGAUGCCAUCACCGAAUUCCUCACCACGGUGAACGCGUCUGGAGACCCAUCCGAGGUAAUGGAGGUCCUGGGUACAAGCCUCGAGGUAGCAUACGGGGCCUUGUGGGUGCACCGCACCCAACUUACAUUGGAUGAGUCCAGGCAGACAGGAUGGCUUGGGUACUUGGAGGAAUACUAUGCUGUCGUCCUUCCGAAUGCGUACUGGCUGGUGAGCACGCACAAGAAUGGAGACAUGCUGGUGUUCCUCCAAGGACUCCUUGCCUUCGGGCGAUUUCUGGGUGUGGUGCUCCCAGAUCUUGACCUGUCGCCGCCUCCUCCUCCCCAACCUUCUGCCGACUCCGCCUCCGCCGCCCCCAUGCCUCCUCUCGCUCCUGCCCCCACCCCGGCUCCUGACUUCGAUCCUUUCCCGGGUCCUGUGCCCGACCCUGUCCACGCAUCAGCACCAACACCAGCUCCCGCUCCCGCUCCCACCCAGGCUCCACCGAGUUUCUCCUCCUCGGGCAUCAAGCCCGCCUCGUAUCGAGCGUCGGCAGCAACAUCACGCAACUCCCGCUCCGCCGGGCAGCGCAGGCCUGCCGGCGUGGUAAAGCGGACAGUGAGCGAGCGGCCGAUUGGCGCCCAGCCGACUUACGCGGAUCCGCCUCAGCUGGGGCAGCAACCAGGCAAGAAGGUGUUGGACUUCGACGACCUUGAGGCCUGGAAGGACCUGGACCAGGAGGAGCUUACUGGGCUCACCGUGGAGUCGUUCGGCUGGUCCGACGACAAUACGACCAGCAGGCGCCUCUGGAAGUUCACGUCCGGAAGGGAUCUCCUGGUCGGGGGCUCCUGGUCGAACGGCUUCACAGCCGACUCGCUCCUCGAGGACAUCGACGGGAAGGUUGGCCCGCUCAAGCGAGCAGCGUGGGUGCUGAAGUGGCAGGCGCAAGCCCCCUUCAACUGGCAGGGUGAAUCAGAUACCGCACCCACUCUGCUCACUGAGGUGACCACCUUCUUGUACGAUGCAGGACAGAAGAUCGACUGGGUUUCGGCGCGGAAAACUCUCCAGGACGCGGACGAUUUCAUGGACUUCGUCCGCUUCCACUGGAACUUUCUGGGGCGCCAGGCCAAUCUGAGGGAGAAUCUCGCGGGGCAGUACAAUGCCGCCGCUGUUGAGAAGUGGCUGUUGCGGGCCCGAGAGAUGAAGAAGAAGGUGACCCCCCCGAAGUAG